UUCAAGGCUUUGAACAGUGUGCUCCGGCUGAGUUAAAGCCGUGCUUAGUGUUAAGUUUCUUUUUCUUUCUCUUGACUGUUUUAGGUCAGUUUCACUUUCCAGUUUUCUCUUCCUGUUUCAUAACAGCUAUUUACUCUGCAACAGGGAGAUGCCUCAGCUGGAUCACUCCCCAAGCCUCACCUCCCGGUUUUAUAGCUCCAAGGCAGACCGGGAAGAUUUCAGAAGAGCAAAUCAACCAGGUUCCAGUUUGUCAGAACUGCGGAGAAACGGAUUGCAGUCAUGAGUGAGAUUCCCAAGAAUUCCUUGGAGAAAAUUCUUCCACAGCUGAAAUGCCAUUUCACCUGGAACUUAUUCAAGGAAGAAAGUGCCUCAUGUUACCUACAAGACAGGGUGUGUAAUCAGAUCGAAUUUCUCAAUGCUGAGUCCAAAGCUACAAUGUACAAUUUGUUGGCCUACAUUAAACACCUGGAUGGUCAGAACAAGGCAGCUCUGGAAUACCUGCGGAAAGCUGAAGAGUCGAUCCAGGAAAAGCACGAUGAGCAAACAGAGAUCAGAAGUCUGGUCACCUGGGGAAACUACGCCUGGGUCUACUAUCACAUGGACCAACCCGAAGACGCUUGGACCUAUGUGAACAAGGUGAAAGACAUCUGCGCAAAGUUUUCAAAUCCUUACAGCAUCGAGUGUCCUGAGCUUGACUGUGAGGAAGGAUGGACGCGACUACAGUGUGGAAGAAACGAAAGAGCGAAGAUGUGUUUUCAGAAGGCUCUGGAAGAGAAACCCAACAACCCCGAAUCCUCCACUGGACUGGCAAUUGCAAUGUACCAUCUGGAUAAGAAACCAAAGAAGAACUUCUCUGUCAAUGCUCUGAAGCAGGCCAUUGACCUGAAUACCAACAACCAGUAUCUCAAAGUUCUGUUAGCCCUGAGCCUGCAGAAGAUGAAUGAAAAAGACGAAGCGGAUAAAUUGGUUGAGGAAGCUUUGGAGAAGGCCCCUUACCAAACAGAUGUCCUGCAAAAGGCAGCCUAUUAUUACGAGAAAAAAGGUAACCUAGACAAAGCUAUUGAACUGUUUCUAAGGGCAUUGGAAUCCACUCCAAACAAUAGCUAUCUCUAUUACCAUAUUAUGUGCUGCUACAAGGAAAUGGCCAUACAGAUGCAGAAUAUAGAAGAACCGAAAGCCAGUGAAUAUAGAGAGAAGAUUGAAGAACUAAGGAAAUUGGCUAAAGACCAUAUGGAUAAAAUUUUUGAGAAUGGGUUGGAUCCUCUGGGUGCACCCUCUGAAUUCACCAAGUUCCGGGAAGCAGAAAAAUGUUAUCGGCAGGUGUUCGGUAAAGAGAUCCCUGAGGCCGAGAGGCAACCACUUCAACCACACUCUUGCAGCCUUCAGAAAUAUCAGGGUAAGUCUGAAGACACUUCCGCUGUCCAAAAUGACUUAGAGAGUUUUCACCUAAGCCCAACAUCAACUGAGAAGGAAGAGAUGCAACAUCCUUCCCAGAGCACAACCAAGAGUCCACUUCAACAAAGUCCGCCAAAUUCUUGGUAUCUCCAAGGGUUAAAUCACAAGCGGGAGGGAAAUCUGCAGCAGGCCGUGGAAUGUUAUGAGAAGAAACUGGGACACCUUCUAAGGGAUGCUCCAUCAGGUAUUGGCCAAGUGUUCCUGUCAGCAUAUGGGCUUGAAGGUGACAGUGAAGAAAUGUGCCAGGAUGCAGGCAGCUCCACUUCCAGAGAGCGUCGGGACUCCUGAACUGAGGAGAGAAGAGGAAGCAGCAUCAGAAGGUCUGGAAGAUGUCUGGAACGGGGCAGAAGUCUGGGGAGGUGGGGUAGGGGCGGGGCGGGGGGCAUGGAGGCACCUGGGGCAGCUGAGCUGGGACAUCUUGCUUAUUGCUUUCAAGUACAUUUUGAAGAGUUGUUUUCUCCUGUCUGUCUCUCCUGACAUUCCAGCCACACAGUUAUCAGGUCAGCCGGUCAUCACUGAUGGAAGCAGUGCUUCAGCUUAUGCAAUCCUGACUUGUUCUCAGUUUGGGACUCAGUUUGUCAUGUAAUCCCCAUUCCUGUCCUUCUUGCCAAAUGGUAACAUGUGGUGACUGCCUACCAACAAAAUCUGCAGUCUUCUUCCUUCACUCCAUUUCCCAUUUCCCAUUCAUCCUUCUGGGCCCAGAAAAUGAGAUGAGUUUUAGACUAACCCUAAAAUAAUCCUUACAUCCUAUUCUUAGCUUUAUCGGUGUAUUUUUGUGUAUUCUUGAUAGUGACACUAUGCUAAGUAUGUAUUCUUGACAGUAGUGCUACAAUAAAUCUAAAAAUUUCAACUCAGAA